AUUCUUAACCAAGUUCCUUUCUCAAAUUGCCAAUAAUGGCCUGGGGAACUAAUCCUUUUCUUUAGUUCUUCUACUGUGAUGUGCUGCAAGAGAUAAAGAAAAGAGAUGGAUAUGAAAUUCAGUAAUUUUCUUGUUUUUUACUUGCUCAAGGCAUACCUUUUGACAAAGGAUUGACAUGGAAAUCUUGUUUAAGGCUUUCAUUUUUCCUUCUAAGUGCUCCCUAAAUCCUUAAAGUUACAUUUUGCAGCUGCCUGUAUGACAUGGGAUUUAGCAGAAUCAGGCAAGCACUUCAUUACUACCAUCAUCAAUGGAUCUGACCUUGUGCCUACAUUCUCGGCUACUUCUGUCGAUGACCUUCGUUCUGAGGUCACGGCAUCAUCUUGGUUAAAUGAUUUACGGGAUCAGGUUCAACAAACUCGGGUCCUAAGUGUUGUUUUCCGCUCUGCAACAGCUUUGGGUUCUAGGCUGCCAUCUAUUGCUAGUGCAAAGGCAAGAGUUGCUGGUGCUGGUGCACUCCUAAGGCCUGUUUCCAGCAGUACUAAGGUUGUGAUGAAAGGCGCACAGAAUGUCGCUCAAGCUGUUGUUAGAAGCCGCUCAUCUCUAUCAUCAUGGUCUUGCAUGGGUCCCCGUCGCCGUACUGUGGUCCCACCAUUGAACUCUAAAGAGGAGGAUUUGCCAGAAGCUUCAGUAAUUACUGAAAGAAGUUCUGAAGCCCUUGUGGCUGAAGUGGUAGUAACAGACAAUGAAUUGGAAAACAAUUCAAGUGCUGAUUGGGUGAAUGAUGACACAGAUGAAGAUGAGCCACUGAUUGUGGAGAAUAGAAUCGUGACUACGACCACCAUGGAUGAGAUCACUGAAGGUGAGUUGUGGUACGAACUAGAGAAGGAGCUCAAGAGGCAGAAGAGUGAAGUUAAUCUUCAGGCCGAGGCGGAAGAAGCAACAACAGCAGCUGAAAUCACUGAAGAGGAUAAAGUUCUGGCUGAUAUGGGAACUGAAAGCACGAUCUCUUCCCCAGAUAUUUCAGAGAGCCUUCGGUUCUAUCCCCCUGGGAGAAUCAUGCAUAUGAUUUCUGUACCUUCAACUGAAGUCACUAACCUAGACCCCAAUGCAGCCCCCAGUGAAGAACAUGUUGGUAUAUAUGAGACACCUAGAGAAUUGUACAGUAACAUCCGACUUUCAAGAACAAUGAUUAAUGAUCAUUACAUGCCCAUGUAUAAGAAAAUGAUGGAAUUGUUAAUGGAGGAACUGAAAAAGGAUGAAGCCAGUAGCUCUAAUGAAGUGUUGUUACAAGACUAAACGUCAAAGAAAUUAUGGCAUCAGUUGCCAUUUGGAUUUUAUAUUUUUCUGUCGAAAUCAAUAGAGAAUUAUUGC